GUUGGAAAUGUUACGUCACAACUAUAACACAAACAAUGACGUGUCCGAAGUGACGACGGACAAUAGCGACGACAACCGACAAACGACGACAAGACGUGUUUGAUGACUACAAGUAAAUAGCCACAACACAAGUCUAUGACAUACUUGACUAUUUUUAACUCAAGAGUAAAAUCGAUUCAAAAGCAUUGGUUGUAGAUAGGUACCUACGAUAGAAUUGCUGUCAUCGUGAACGUUUGAACUGAACAAAAAUGAACAGAAUAUUUGGAAAAUCAAAGCCAAAAGAGCCUCCACCUAAUUUGACAGAUUGUAUUGCCAAUGUUGACAGUCGGGGUGAAUCUAUUGAGAAAAAGAUUUCUAAGCUUGACAUGGAAUUGAAAAAAUAUAAAGAUCAGAUGAAAAAAAUGAGAGAAGGCCCAUCGAAGAAUAUGGUCAAACAAAGAGCAAUGAAAGUCCUGAAGCAAAAGAAAAUGUAUGAAAGCCAACUAGAGAAUUUAAGACAACAAUCUUUCAAUAUGGAGCAGACAAAUUUUGCCACCCAAACUUUAAAAGAUACAAAAACUACGGUGGAUGCAAUGAAAACAGGAUUGAAAGAAAUGAAGAAAGAAUACAAGAAAGUUGACAUUGAUAAAAUAGAGGACUUGCAAGAUGAUCUGUCAGAUAUGCUUGAUCAAGCAAACGAAGUACAAGAGGCAUUAGGAAGACAGUAUGGUACACCAGACUUGGAUGAAGAUGACCUAGAAGCAGAACUAGAUGCCUUGGGCGAUGAUCUUGCUUUUGAUGAAGAUACUUCAUAUUUGGAUGAAGCUGAAAAAGCACCAACUGUUCCUGACACAGAUCUUCCUGAACCUGGAGGAACUAAGGAUGGAAUAAAAGUUGAUGAAUUUGGUUUACCAGAACUACCGCAGCAAACAAACUGAAUGGAAAUGAUCAAAUCUCUAUCACUCUUUAGAUUUCAGUCUCCUGGAAGAUUGUAGAUAGCAUUAAUGCACAAUAUGUAGUUCAUAUUAUCAAAUAUUUCAUAGAUCAUUCAUGCUGGAUUCGUAAAGUCAAUGUAAUUGAUUUACAGUGUAUGAGUACUUUACAAAUUUAUAUAAAAAUAAGUUUGGUAGUCAAUCAAUGAAAUGAUAAUCAGUGAGUGAAGUGUUCAGUUGUAAAAAUUCUUUCUACUUAUUAAAUACAUUUUCCCGUGUUUA